AUGAGUAAGUUUCUGUUUAGGGUAUCCGACUUGAUGAAGAUAGAGUGCAGGAAUGCUAUGUUGUUAGAGGAUAUGAAUAUCUCUAGGUUUAUGACUCAUUCCCAGCAGGUUGAGGAUGACAAGCUUAGGGAAAUGACUAAGGACAACAAGAAGGCUAGAACACGAAAGUUCCGACAGGAUCAAAAUGGUAGGACAUCAGGCUCUAAAUCUCAGGGGAGUGCUUCAGGUAACAAGACCUUCCCAACUUGUCCAAAGUGUGGUAAGAACCAUCUAGGCGACUGUCUUGCAGGCAAGGAAGGGUGCUUUGGGUGUGGUCAGUCUGGCCAUAGGUUGAAGAAUUUCCUUUCAUCGAGGUACGGGCAAGGAGGUAACAACAAUAGGGCUCAAUCUACAACUCCAGCAGCACCAGCAGGUCGCCUAACUCAGCAGGGUGCUUCGUCCGAUAGUGUUGGCAGUCAGCACCAGAACAGGUUGUAUGCUCUCCAGGAUCGCCAGGACUAG